AUGGAUGAGAUUUCGUCUUCCACAAAUGUCACUCAAGAUGUUGGUUCAAUCUCUGGUGAAAAUAAAGAAUCGUGGCAACAUUUUGUCUUCCACGACCUUUCAUCAAUCAAGGAUUUCUAUGCUAAAUACGCUCAUGAAAAGGGGUUUUCUUUGAGAAAAAAUUUGCACUCCUUCUAUGAUUCUUGUAACAAAAAAAUGGACAUUGUGCAAUAUGUCUGUUAUGUUUGUAACAAGCAUGGUUUCAAGCAUGGGAUUCGGGCGGAUCCUAAGAACAAGACAAACUCGGAUACUCUUGUUCUCAUUGAAUAUCAUAAAGAGAAAGAACUUCCCGAGGAAAGGACCGGUUGCCCAGCUAGUAUUUCGUUGAAGUAUGAUUCUAAUGUUAAAGGUUAUCACAUAUACAAAUGGAAUGUUACUCAUAACCACCCUCUCCAUAAACCCGAGCAUUUGCAUUACUUGAGAUCGGCUCGAGAGAUUAGUGAGCCUCAAAAACAACUUGCUAUAAUAAAUUCGAAAUCAGGCAUGUCUGUAAGAUCCUCCUUUCAUGUUAUGCGUCAAAUAGCUGGUGGUUCAAAGAACCUUGGGUAUUGCUUCCAAGAUUUAAAGAACUUUCUCACCACUGUUCGACAAAAGGAAAUGGUCAUUGGUGAUGCAACUAUUAUCCAAGAAUAUCUUAGAAAUGAAGCUUUGAGGAACCCAUCGUUCUAUUAUGAUAUCCAAGUAGAUUGUGAAGAGAACAUAGCUAGCAUUUUCUGGUCAGAUGCAAUCAUGCAGCAAGACUAUGAAUUAUUUGGUGAUCUCAUCAGUUUCGACACAACUUAUUGA